GUUUCCUCCUCCCCCCCUACAUGCAUCGUUUUGCCAGCCGGCUGGUCCCUCCUGCAUGUCCCUCCCCUCUCCUCCUCCCAUCGCUGCAACUCCCUUUAUGCAGAUCUGCCCUCUCAUCCCCGAGUUGUGCGCGGCACCUGUCAACUGCACACAGAGAGGAGGGGAAACAUGACAGCAGCAGCCGCAUCAGCAGCAGCCGCAGGAGUGAUGACGUGAGUGUGGUGGAAGAGGGUGGUCACCGGGCGGUGGACGAGAGGAAAAUCGAGAGGGAAGAUGACGGCCGGACGGAGCGACUCAUCAUUGGCAUGGUGAGAGCAACGCAGCAGACGGACGCACGAAUGGCUGCACCGCCACACUAAACAAUGCUGGCGUUGGCGGUGUGCUGGUCAGGAUGAGGGCGCGGUCUCGCGUGCAGAGGAGGGAGUGCUCAUGCAGAGGAGGCGACGCGGCAUUCAGAUCUACCCAGGUGGCUGCCACUGAUGAAACAUCUGACACACUCGCACAUCCAUUGUGUGUGCAGGUGGCCCUGUUGAUCGGUAUUUGCCUCCAGUGGACCCUUCGCGCUUCCUCGUCGAGCCCGACAAGCUUACGAGAGAGGAACAACGAUUCCAGGUAAGGCCAAUGUCACGAUCCGGAUAGCCGACACGAGUUACAGGCAUGUGUUGCCUCCUUCAGGUAUUCUUCGCUGCCUUCCCGUGGCUGACCUUUCUGGCCAUGCUGAGCGCUCCCUUCGCCCUCGUGGCCACGUUGCUGCCACGGCUGGACGAGAAGGCACGGGCCAGCUUGGCGUCUGAGUCUGAGGAGCUGCUGCGGCUGUUCCGCGUCCCUGAGUUCGCCAUCGUCCCCUUCAGGUACGGAACGCACUCACGGACGGACCCAUAACCGGCAUCUGUGUGUGUGCUGAUCGGUUUGUGCACAGGGCGUUGGUUGACGUGAUAGAGCGUCCCCUGCACUCGCUGAUCGUCUUCUUCCACCGUGACGUCUUCGGCACCUACGCGUUGCUGCCGCUGCUGGUCGACCUCGCCAGGCUGUUCAGGAGCCAAAACCUGCCCGUGGCUGUGGUGGCGGUCGAUUUGGCCGGCAGCGACGUGCCCGACACACACAGAAAGAAAUUCCCCCCCGGCCUGUCGCCGUUCAUGCAGGUUUGUGUGUGAGGAUUGAGGGACACGCGGGGGAGGUGUGUAUCCUCUGUGUGUGUUUGGCUGGAUGUGUAUAUGCAGGUGUUGUGUCCGUACAGCCAGUCUGGCGAGCCGGGGCUGCUGGACCACGACGGCCCCUGGAACGCUGUGGAGAUUGUCAAGACGGUGGAGAGCCAGGUCAACAUCCCCGACACACAGCACGUCUACCGAGACGCAAGAGUAAGCGACAGCGAAUGCACAGCCACCCACCCAGCCAUCCACAAGUGCUCUCGUAUGUGCUGUGUGUGUGGCAGCGUCUGGAUGAGAUCACUGAGAGGCUCACCGACUGUCUUUUUCAGCUGGACUUCAUCGACAGCGACCCCUCAAUGCCGCCUGAAGCGCCCCCCACACCGCCAGCCCCAACCCUCAUCCAACGAAUCUCUUCGGCACUCUUCGGGCAGCAGAGGCCUUCAGACACUCAUCCAGCAAGGUCUGCAGAUGGUGACGGUGGCGGUGUUGUGUCUGAUCGCCACGGUGCGUAUGGGCGUGACGGUGUGUAUGUGUGGCGUGGUGGGUUGGAGGCGGCCCAUCUGUCGUGUGAGGCAGCGCGCGAACAGCUCCUAACAGAAAUGGCAGCGAGGAGGGGCGGCGGGUAGCCCACGCGUGGAUGGUUGUAUGUGUCUUGCCUUUGUUCUCGGAUUAUUGGAUUAGCCGUCGAAAUGACAGACAUUACACAUCACAUUCGUGUGUAGAAGGGACGAAGGGCAGCCAAAGCCGAUUCACAUGAGAAGAGUAUGCUGGUGAAUAGAGCUGUGUGUGCAGCACCUUUGCGUUUGUUGAGUGGAUGAACUCAUUGGCGGCUGUCCACUUUUGGCUGCGCGAGGAUUCCUUGCAUGUGAAGCGACAAAAUGCACUCACC